AUGCCGCCCAAGAAACGAGACAAAGAAAUUUAUCUACCAGAAAAGAAUAAUCUACCAGAAGGCAUCACAAUGCCAGCGGUCGCCGCUACGCCGACAACCCCGGAAAGGCUGAUAAAAGUCUCUCGACAGCAAACGUUCGAUGUCAGCCCAGAGCCCAAAGAUACGAUCGUCGGCUCGCAUCAGAGCGCGUCUGCUGUGGACAACCGCGGAGACAGAGCUGCUGCCAAGUCGACACCAAGCUCCAGAACAUCACUGUCAUUCAUUGAUACCAACUUCGAGCUGCGAAUCCCGGACGGAACGGCCGCAUUCGGACGAGAUGGCUUCGCGAAGAAAAGCAAAGCAAAUAGAUUCGCUGAGUUGAUUGAGACAUUUUUCUUCAUCAAGGCGAGAAGUAGUCUCUGGUGGGAAUUGAAUGUACUCAAGCGAUCCGAGGGUACCAUUGACGACGCCCUUGGCCGUCCCUACAUUUUGGGUGAUCUGGAUUGGCAUUACGUCAAUGACAUCGAGGAACGGCGCCAUGCGGCCGAACCGACUGUCCGGUUGUCCAACUUCGAGCUGCGAACCCCGGACGAAACGGCCGGUACGCCAAUUAUGUAA